GAUUCGACAAGACUAAUACAAUAUGUGAAAGUCAUGAUAGGAUACAAGUACUGCGCGAGUUCAGCUACAUAUAUACGAUGGAGAUGGGCAACGGACAAGAUCGCAUUAUGAUGCGGUGGUGACCUUGUUCGCUGGAGGCUUCAGCCAGAUCUUCUCCUCGACCCCGCUUGCCAGCUGCACCCAUGAUAGAUACUGCAGAGGCAGUUCCAGCAGGGGGUUGAGCGCCGCCCCGCAGAAAUGGGCAGCUAUUGGAUUCACAUCCUUCAGCCACGGUGCUCUAGGUAACUCAUGCCGAUAUCGCGCGCAUGAACAAAAACUGACAUGCAUCACCAGGUUCCAAGUCCUACCAAUACCCAACCACAACUGGCAACGUCACGACCAUCGAGAGGACAGCGACGAACAUUACGAACCCCAUCAGAGAAUUCAGCCAGCCCUUCAUCGUCGACACGAACGUGAUGUUUGCGAGCUACGACUACCUAGGCGUGGACGCUGGUCUCUGGAACAACGGCACUGCAUACUUGCUGCUCGUUUCGAGCCUCGUCAAUGUGGAGGUGUACAUCCCGUGGAAGGACGUGGGACUGGGCGCGAUCACGAAUGCAACGACGCAGUUGCAGCGCGUGUUUUCUGUGUCGCAGAAUACGAAUGCCACUGGGCUGAACUUUAGGCCUGGGGAUAUCAUGAUAGAAGGACCGAGGAAGCAACUCGUAAUGACAUGUCACUAAUAAUAGC